AAUCCAAAGUAACCGUAAGAGUGUCAACGUUUCUUUGUCUCCCACAGCCUUAGAUGUGCUCCCUCCUCGGUCUCAAGGCUACAGAAUAGGAAGGAGGUUCGCUUGCUUUGCGCAGAGGCUGAGCCACAGGAGAAAGCAAAGCCAAUGUGAUUUACUGAAUGAAAGCACUGGACAAUUACCAACAACUUGUUCCUCUGCUGCCUCGAACAACCUGAACUGGAACUGCUUUGUGAAAAUGACCCAACAAAUGCAGAAUCUGCAUCUUUCUCAGUCGAAAAAACAUAGUGCCCCAUCAUCUCCCAACGCUGCCAAACGCCUGUACAGAAACCUCUCUGAGAAGCUGAAGGGAAGCCACUCUUCGUUCGAUGAGGCCUAUUUCAGAACAAGAACCGACCGGCUGAGCCUCAGGAAGACCUCAGUGAACUUCCAGGGCAACGAAGCCAUGUUUGAAGCAGUCGAACAACAGGACAUGGAUGCUGUGCAGAUCCUCCUGUAUCAGUAUACACCAGAGGAGCUAGAUCUCAACACCCCUAACAGUGAGGGGCUGACGCCCCUGGAUAUCGCCAUCAUGACCAACAACGUGCCCAUUGCCAGGAUUCUUCUGAGGACAGGGGCCAGAGAAAGUCCGCACUUUGUCAGCCUGGAAAGCCGAGCAAUGCACCUUGCCACGCUGGUGCAGGAGGCCCAGCAGAGGGUGAGCGAGCUGUCCGCCCAGGUGGAGAACGAAGGACCCAGUCUGGACAACACCGAGAAAGAGAAACAGCUGAAAGCUUGGGAGUGGAGGUGUCGGCUCUACAGACGCAUGAGAACGGGCUUCGAGCACGCCAGAGCCCCCGAGGUGCCAACCAACGCCUGUCUUAUGGUGACCAGCAGCACAUCACUCACUGUCAGCUUUCAAGAGCCUCUUAGUGUCAACGCAGCUGUAGUGACCAGAUAUAAAGUGGAAUGGAGCAUGUCUAAAGACUUUCGUCCUUUGGCUGGAGAGAUCAUCAUGGAAAACUUGCAGACCCUGAGAUGCACAAUCACAGGACUGACAACGGGCCAACAGUAUUUUGUUCAAGUCUCGGCUUAUAACAUGAAGGGAUGGGGACCUGCUCAGACCACGACUCCGGCAUGUGCCUCGCCUUCCAACUGGAAAGACUGUGACGACAGAGAGCCCAGACACAAGGGACAGAGUGAAGUUUUGGAAGGUCUGCUGCAGCAGGUCCGAGCCCUUCAUCAGCAUUAUAGUUGCCGGGAAACUUCAAAAUUACAAACCGCAGGCCGCAAGCAGUCAGUCUCAAGGAGCCUGAAACACCUAUUCCAUUCCUCAAAUAAGUUUGUGAAGACCUUAAAACGAGGACUCUACAUAGCUGUUAUAUUUUAUUACAAAGACAAUAUGUUAGUCACCAAUGAAGAUCAAAUACCGAUUGUUGAAAUUGAUGACUCUCACACCAGUUCCAUUACACAGGAUUUUCUGUGGUUCACAAAGCUGUCUUGUAUGUGGGAAGAUAUAAGGUGGUUGAGGCAAAGCAUACCCAUCUCCAUGUCCUCAUCCACAGUGCUGCAAGCUCGGCAGAAGAUGCUCGCAGCAACAGCCCAGCUACAGAAUUUACUUGGAACACACAACUUGGGAAGAGUUUACUAUGAGCCCAUUAAAGACCGGCAUGGAAACAUCCUCAUAGUCACCAUCAGAGAAGUGGAGACACUCUAUUCAUUUUUUAAUGGCAAAUGGAUGCAAAUCUCAAAACUACAAAGCCAGAGGAAGUCUUUGUCAACACCUGAGGAGCCUACAGCCUUAGAUAUUUUACUGAUAACCAUCCAGGAUAUUCUCUCUUAUCACAAAAGGAGUCAUCAGCGUCUCCCUCCUGGAUUAUAUCUGGGUUACCUAAAGCUGUGUAGCUCUGUGGAUCAGAUCAAAGUCCUAGUUACCCAAAAGUUGCCCAACAUUCUCUGCCACGUGAAGAUCCGUGAAAACAAUAACAUUUCCAAAGAGGAGUGGGAAUGGGUCCAAAAGCUUUCUGGCUCUGAAUCUAUGGAAAGUGUGGAUCAUACUUCUGACUGCCCCAUGCAAUUGUUCUUCUACGAGCUCCAGAUGGCAGUGAAAGCUCUCCUUAAGCAGAUCAAUAUACCUCUACACCAGGCAAGGAACUUCCGCCUCUACACACAGGAGGUGUUGGAAAUGGGUCACAAUGUGUCCUUUCUUCUCCUGCUCCCUGCCUCAGACGACGUCUGUACAGCCCCAGGACAGAAUAAUCCUUACACCCCACACUCAGGGUUUCUUAACCUCCCUCUUCAGAUGUUUGAACUUGUUCAUUUUUGCAGCUACAGGGAGAAAUUUAUUAGUCUGUAUUGCCGCCUUUCUGCUGUUGUGGAGCUGGAUUCUCUGAAUACCCAACAGUCCCUGAGGGAAGCCAUCUCAGACAGCGAGGUUGCAGCUGCCAAACAAAGACACCAGCAAGUGUUAGAUUUCAUUCAGCAAAUAGAUGAAGUUUGGCGUGAAAUGAGAUGGAUCAUGGAUGCUCUACAGUAUGCAAGAUACAAACAGCCAGUUUGUGGCUUACCCAUCACGAAGCUGAUAGACCCCUCAGAUGGGCAGAACCUCAAGAAGAUCAACUCUACAUCCUCACAUAUCGACUGUCUUGCAUCCCCAUCCCCAUCCCCAGAGAUGCACAGAAGAAAGGCUGUGAGUGAGUCACAGCCCUGCUCUGAUGAAGAAGGCUGCUCAGAAGUCUUCCUCCCCACUGACAGCGACUACGACUCCAGUGAUGCCCUGAGCCCCCGAGACCUGGACCUGGUCUACCUGUCAUCACAGGAUAUCGCCCAGCAGGCUCUCAGCGGCCUAAGUGGCAGCGCCCCCGACGUUCUGCAGGUGCACGACAUGAAGAGUCCUCUGGGAUCGGGCCAGGACCCCCAAGGCCGGCCCCCGGGGCCGGAUCCCGACCACUCGUGCGCCGAAGUCCUCCACAGCCUGACCCUCACCGGCUUCACUCCCAAGAACCACGCCAAGAUGGCGCCGAGCGCCAGGCCGCCGCUGGGCUUCCUGGGAAAGCGGAAGCCGGCUAAGCACCAGCACUACGGCGGCUUCAGCCGCCACCACCGCUGGCUGCGCAUGCACAGCGAGACGCAAUCGCUCUCGCUCUCCGACGGCGUUUACACGCAGCACGUGUCUCGGGCCUGCGCCCUGACCCAGGAGCCCGCGGAGGCCGAGCGGCUGGGACCUGCCCCCGUUGGGUCCCGGGGCCUGGUUCUGGCCCACGCCGCAAGCCUCCCUGAGGAGGGGAAGAGCAGCCUCCAGGAUGCGAGGCCUGCGGUACGUCGCAUCUACGUGGAGCCCUACCGCGCGGCCCUGGUGGACGCAAAGCCCUGGGCUGCCUUGAGCCCGCCCCCCGGGGGCCACUCGGCCCUACCCAGCCCCACCGGCCCGGAGAUGAGCCCCGAAGGCCCCACCACCUCCCCCGUGUCAGAAAUACUCAGCAGCAUGCUUUAGGGAGUCCUGCAACUGGCUGUCCUGAUCCACAGCAAAUCCCUGCAUUCUCCAUCACUCUCUCUCCAGCCCGGCCCCCACUGUGUCCCCAACCCUUUUCAAAUGGUUUGAAAUGUUAAAAUUCCAAAGGUUACAGGUUCAAGUCCCUUUUUUUUUUUUUUUUGGAUAGAGUUAGGUGGAAGUGAGAGUUGCCAGUGUUGUUCCCGGUUCAGGGCACACAAGAACUUUUGUGUCAACAUGGAGUCCUGGACUAUUUAGGGGCACCCAUGGCUGAAGUAGGGCAGCCUAAAGAGCCACCCUCAGUUCUGCAGCCGGCUCUGUAAUCUGACCUUUGGGUUUAGGGCUCUUUCUUGAAUUUGUGACUGAUGGGGAGGAGUUCUAGAGAUGAAAAUAAGAUUAACAUUGU